CACAACAAAUCUACUCGAGCAGAAAUAUUUCUAAUCUAUCUAAUUUUUGCCAAUAUAAUACAUUCCCUUUCCCCGAUUUCCCGGUUUAGAGCUUGAUAUGUCGGAGGUUAGGAGAAGGCAUCCCGAGGAGGACGCUGAAUCGAAAUCAGUUGCGGAUAGUGAGGUAUCUGCUGCUGAGGCAGCUGAAGAAAAGGAUAAAGAUGGUGAUGCCAAUCCUGCUGAGCUAGGACAAGAUGGGGCGCCCCCUAACGUAGGUCAGGGAACUGAUUCCACACCUGAGGUACUGGAGGCGAGCUUGAAAGGAUUGCCACCACGAUGGAGAAAUUAUAUAAUUCGGGGAAUCUUCUCGUGGGUUAUGAUCGGAGGCUUUGCAUUUGUUAUUUAUCUCGGACCACUAGCCAUGGUGGCUUUAGUACUUGCAAUCCAAGUAAAGUGUUUCCAUGAAAUUAUCACAAUUGGUUAUGUCGUGUACAAGUCACAUGAUCUGCCAUGGUUCCGAACACUAAGUUGGUACUUCUUAUUGACGUCAAAUUAUUUCUUUUACGGAGAAAGCUUCUUUGACAUCUUUGGAGUAAUAAUGUCAAAACAGGCUAUCCUGUCACCCUUUGUGACGUACCAUCGGUUCAUCUCAUUCUGCCUCUACUGCGGUGGUGUGGUUGGCUUUGUUCUCAGUCUAGUGAAGAAACAUUACCUCAAGCAAUUCACCCUGUUCGGAUGGACUCAUGUGACGCUGUUGAUUGUGGUCACCCAGUCGCAUCUCAUCAUGGCAAAUAUUUUCACUGGACUCAUAUGGUUCCUGGUGCCAGUUUCCAUGAUUAUCUGCAAUGACAUCAUGGCGUACCUGUUUGGCUUCUUCUUCGGAAAGACGCCUCUCAUCAAACUCUCACCCAAGAAGACGUGGGAAGGAUUCAUCGGGGGAGCAUUUUCGACUGUGUUAUUUGGCAUUGGACUGUCCUACUUCCUGGUACAGUUUGACUUCUUCAUAUGUCCCAUUGAAUACUCUGAAAAGCUCGGCGAGCUCACCCUGGAGUGUGAGAGAAAUCCAGUUUUCAAACUUGCAGCAUACAAAGUUCCAGACGUCUUAUCUUCUAAUUUGGUUAUAUCGGUGCUAUUCCCCUUCAGGACAAUAAUGAUGUACCCUUUCAUGCUGCACACCAUUUCAAUGUCUCUAUUCGCCUCCAUCAUCGGACCGUUUGGGGGAUUCUUUGCAAGUGGAUUCAAAAGGGCAUUUAAAAUCAAGGAUUUUGGCGAUACCAUUCCAGGCCAUGGUGGUCUCAUGGACAGAUUUGACUGCCAGUUGCUAAUGGCCACGUUUGUCAAUGUUUACUACUCAAGCUUUAUCAGAGCGGCUAGCCCGAGCAAGUUACUACAGCACGUCUUAGCAAUGAAGCCGGACGAACAGCUACACUUCUACGAGAUGCUGACAGAAACACUGCAGCGACGCGGCCUAGUCCCGUUGAUGAAUUCGACAACGAUGUGAAUCUCAUGUCAGGAUUGAUACUCGCUAUUCAACAUCCCAUCCUCAUCUACAUGUGUAUUACAUUGUUUCAAAGUUAAUUUGAUUACAUUGUUUCAGAGUCAUUUGAUGUAAAUAAAUUACUUAAAUAAAAAGUUGUAUAUUGAUGUUCAGUGCCCUGUGUAAAAUGUACACAAUUGACCAUGCCAACUUGAGAUGAACAUUUACGACAAAAGUCAUGGCUCUCAUGACACCCGUUUUUCUUGAAAGAAGUUGUUGAUUUAAAAUGUUAAAAUUGUACAUAGGUCUACUGUACGUCAAUGUAGGGAGGAAAAGGACAUGGUUAGGAUGAACUGAACAGGAGAUCUCUUACCUUAGUGUACCAUGUCUGUGUAGAGAACCAUGGUGUCUUGCCAUUGAAGCAGAUUGUUCAAAAUCAAGUUUUUUUUCCAAAGUGAAGAAAUUGGCACUAACCGUGAUACUGUAAAUUACCAGAUUUUCCAGCUGUUUUUUCUAAAAUAUUUGGCAAGAUGAAUUCAGCCUUAUCUCCUCCAUUGCUAUUAAAGUUGAUAUUGUAAUAGUUAUAUUCAAAUAAUAUGUAGAUUUCGCCUGCUUCACUCACAUGUCAAGAAAUCAACAUCACAACUUUUUGUAUUCGAUUAUGAGAUAUUAUAUUUGUGGUUUAGAUUUCACAAUCAUCAUUUACUUCUUGUCACGUGGUAUGUAUGUGUUUAAAAGUAAACUAGUUUCACUUUAUUCUAACUAAAUGUGUAAGCAGGUAACUUCUUUUUCUUCUAUUCAAUCUGGUUGCUGUGCAAUACUUGUAUGUUAAUCAAUAAAGUUCCAUCAUUUAUCUUUGAUGGGAAAAAGAUCAUGAACAAUUACAAAGAAAGUGAGUCAGUGAUUUGGUUUUGCCUAAUUAUCUUCGGUAUUUAGCUGAUAGCUGCAAACCGACCAUAUACAUUAUAAAAUUUACUGUUUCACGGGCAAUACUGGGAAAAGAGUUUGUGCGAUUGAGGAGGAAACCAUGCUGUUCUCCACAUGGAAAGUUUUCUCUCCAAGCUGCUGGCUAUCGUUUCUUUGUUUUGUUACCGGUAUAAACCGCCGGCAGAUGUGUUCUGUCAGGAAACAUGCUGUUACUGUGUUGCGGUCAUUAGGCCGGUUGAGGUGCAUCAUAGGCCUAUAACAGGUAAAAAAUAACCUGUUUUUACGUGCCCCUAAACUGGCUUAAACACGUAAGCACAGUGUCUAAAUAUUUAUAUAGUACAAUAGUUAACUUUCAUAGUGUGGAUGCAUUCCAAGUUGCUUUGUCAUAAAACAAGGUUUGACUGGCCCCAUGACGUUUCAUAAUGAGUCAGUCAGUUUUGAUGGUGUAAUUAUUGAUUUCCUUAAGGAUGUAGAAUGAAUGCCUGUGUAUUUCCAAUCGAAAUGUUCAAAUUUGCCAGCUCUUAGCGAAAACUUCACAGUUUACAGUAACCUUGUUUCUGACAAAGUAGCUCAGUCUCUUUGCCUUUAUAUAAAUGCUGUGAGUGUACAUUGCAUAAGACAUUUUGUGAUCUUAAUUUAUAAUGAUUUUAAAUUUGUACGAUUUUAUUCUAUUUUUGGCUGAUUAUUAGAUUAUUGUUUUAGCCACUGUAACACUGAUUCAGGUUGUUAUUUUCAUUUCUUCAAUACUAAGUGCAUAGAGGAGAAGAAUUUGCAAAACAUCAAGUAAAUUGACUCUAUCAAACACUGGUGAUAUACGAUGCAAGAGAUGGAAGUGCAUUUGUACAUAGUAAACAACUUGGGUUUUUUAGGUCUAAAAGUUUACUUGAAUAUGGCAAAUACCCAAUGAACUAAGUGGGUUGUAUUUACUCAACAAGAGUAGUUACAGAGACAAAAGGGGUUUCUAAACCAAGUACAUAUGUAUCACCUUUAUUCAAGUUGAAAACAAACGUAGCUGAUACUAAGUAGUGAUGGCAUGAUGAACAUCGGCAUCUACUUAACUAGGCUGGAAAAGCCUGGAGUAAACUGUGCCUCUUCUCUUGAUAAAAUAUUCAGAUUAUGAAAGGGAUGUUGGAGUAAUUGGGACGUCCUUGUGUAUAUUCAGUGUAACUGACCAUAGCGUGUUGACAUAAAUGUGGCUGUGCUUUUGUUGUGUUAUGAAUUGUAAACAUAUUCUAUUGAAGUAGUUUUAGAAUAGCCAGUCCAGUUAUUACUUCUUGUAUUUCAGGAAUAGAUAGUCUUCAAAUUUAGCUGCUUCCAACGGAAACAAUAGUUUUAUUACAGUGUUGUAAAUUAUCACCAUUUGGGCAUUUAAAGUAAAACUGUGUCAAAUUGACUUAUUUACUUCCAGACAAAAUUGAUUAAAACCCAAAUCCAGAUAAUGUUAUCAAGGCUAAGCAAAGCAAAGCAAAAGGGUGUCUCAAUUUGAAUGAAACUACUUGUGGAUUUUCCUUGACAUGUUACACAGUUUACUACAAUAUGUGCUGCUGUAAACUUACACAUGUAUAAUAUCAGUUGGUGAAUCAGUUAAAAACCUUUUAGGCUCAUCUUGUGUAAGUCACCUCUUCGCUGUGUCUGCAUGUAUCUUUGUUCUAUUUCUUGUGUACAUUUCACUCUGCUGGUCAGACUAUCAAGUGUAAAAUAAUAUUGUUAUUAGCCUGGCCUUAGUUCAGCACCAGUGUGGAUAAAGGCCGAUUCCACCAAAGCAGCCAGUGUGGGAAACCACACAGUAUUAAUGGGUUUCUGUGGCAUCAUUUCUGCCAAUGAUGUCAUGCAGCAUGAGGCGACUAACCUCAGUUUGUCUUUAGUCCACUCUUGCAAAGUGCCCCAGUGUGUUGACCUUUCGCUAGAACUUGCUGUUUCUUAUAUUAGAAAUAUAUGUAGUGAUGCAUUUAAAUAAUGUACACAAGAGGUAGGUUUCCACUUAAGCAAGGAGGAGGUCUAUGUCCGAAGGCAACUGUUAUCUGGCUCUAACUGUUAUAAAGGGUGGUUCAAAAUACAUGUUUCAGUAUUGGUUCACAGGCAGGUGUUGCCAUUUUGAUCCAAUGUUGAAAAGCCCUUCUGUUGUACAUGUAUAGUGUAAGGUAUAAACUUUGAGACUGCACUUGCAUUGUGAUACUUGUUGAAACAGGCAAGUUGGUGAUUGUUCAAGAAAAGGGGUUAGGUUAUAAUCAGUGUAGGUUACAGGUACAAUGUUCUUCUCAAAUAUGCCUACUAGUAUAGGCUACUUAUUUAUUGUGUACAUUUGUCUGGUGCUUCACAGUCCAGUGUUUGUAAAGUGACGCCAUGUGUUGUGGGAUCAAAAUAAAGUGGAUAAUUAAAGAUAA